AUGCCCUGCCUCGUCUACCCAUCCCACCCCCACCGACGCUACGCCACCGCGACCAAGGACCUCCACAUCACCACCAGUAUGUCGUUCUUCCAGUCCAUCUCCUCGUUCUUUGCACGCCCAGCUGGCGGCGGCCGCGACAACGAGUUUAGUCUUCCAACCACAAAAUAUGAUAACGCCUCCGACUCUGCGGGUCCCUCCAGGCGCGGCAACUACGCUGCCACACCAGCCGGUGGCGACAGUGAUCCCUACACCCGCAACGGCAACAACCCGACCAGCCGGUACCCUCCUCUGUCGCACACCUUCCAUCGCCUGCGCAACACUUUGUUCGACGGCUUCCCUGAGCUCGUCGACUCUUUGAACGCACCCGUCUACUCGUCCCAGCUGGCCGAAGUCGAGCAACAGCUCGGUUGCCCGCUUCCUCCGCCUGUGCGCGAAUCAUUCCUGACCGCCGACGGCCAGGACAUGGAUGCAGGCGCCGGCGGCAUCUUUUACGGCCUGUACCUCCUCCCGCUUGACGAGGUCAUGCGCGAGUGGCAUUUCUGGCGACAGGCCGAGGCCGACCCACGGACGGGUGCCAACCCGGCCGUGCUCGCGACCAUGGCGUCCAUCCCCCCGCAGUGGGUCAAGUCGCAGUACGCGUGCCGUGGAUGGCUGCCGCUCCUGUCCGACACGUCCGGCAACUAUGUCGGCGUCGACCUCGACCCAGGACCAGGCGGCGCAUGGGGACAGACCAUCAUCUUUGGCCGUGACUUUGACCGCAAGUGUGUGGUGUGGCGCGGCGAGGGCGAGGGCGGCUGGGCCAACUUUGUCGCCAGCUUUGUGGAUGAGCUCGAAUCGGGUGACGGUUGGGAGGCAGACAAGGGCUCGGACGACGAGGAGGAGCUUGGGUACGAGAGCUACAGCGGUGGUGGCAGGUACGGCGAGUCGGGCACUGUCGCCCCCAAGCUCGCUGGACAGUACAAGGGCUGGAACACGCUCGAGGCGUGGUGGGACAAGAGUGUCAAAAAGUGGGACGAACUGGGUCUGGGCAUGGACGUUGCCGCCAUUGAGCGCGGCCUGGAAGAGGCCCGCCGCCUCACAGAAGGCAAGGGCAAGGAGCGUGGUGGCCGCGAGGGCGUCGACUUUGAGGGUAUUCGCAGCGAUCAGCGUACAGCCGAGGCCGACAUUCCUGUCUUGUCACCAAGGCCCGAUAUGCCCUCCACACCGACCCCGGGAGACAACGAGUCGCUUCUGCCACCAUCAUCGCCCGACGUCAACAGCGUCCCCCGUAUCCUCCACCCCUCCCACUCGCCAAUGCGCACCAUUACGCCAUUGGCGUCCACUGCCGAGCACCCGCUCAAGACCGACUUCCUUUCGCCGCCUGCGCGCAAGUCGUCAAAGGGCCCCAAGCGUCCUGCCCCACCAGCCGUCACCCAGAUCGACCUGCCUACCCGCGCAGACGUACAGGCUGCGCAGGCCGUUGCCCGCGCCGAGGCCAGUGGUCUCCGUGGCGGCUGGGUCAUGAACCUCGACACGUCGGUCGGUUCCGCACACCGUCGUACCCUCUCGCCCACACAUCGCGUCUCGCCGUCGAUGGACGCCGAGAUGGUGGACAUUGACCUCGAGGGCGGCCGCCAAGAGUCCUUUGGCACCGCGGCGAUGACCGCCCAGGAGCUCGAGAAGCAGCGCGAGGAGGACCGCUUGAGCAUGGCUGGUGUUGAGCACCGCCGCGACUCGCGGUCGCCCGUGCUUCUCGGUAGCAGCCGUUCGCCGUCGCCGCUCGCUGUCAACCCCAGCGCCGAGGUCCCAGCCCAGGAUACGGCGCGCUCGUCGCCGUCGUCGGUGUCCACCCAGAAGGGUCCCGGAUCUCGCGUCCAGUCUCCCGUCUCGGCCUCGGGCUCCCAGUCGCCUAGUUUCGCAAACCUGGCGUCGUCGUCGGUCCGCCGCCCGCCUCCCGUCGGUGCCUUCUCCGAGUCGCCCCGCAUCCUGUCUCCAUCGGAGACGGAACGCGAGGUCAUCCGUGGACCCGAGGCGCGUCGCCGGUCUUCGGCCAUUGCGCCGCCCCCACUCUCGCGCGAAAACUCGCUCCCGAUCCGCUCCAUGUCGCGUGAAAACUCGAUGCGGUCGUCGGACAGCCACGACGUCCUGCUCGCGCCCGCGACCCCGCCCAUCGGCAGCGACAGCCCGCCUUCAAAGCUGAAUGGCAACUCGGGCGCCGCGGCGUUUACCGACGAGCCCAAGAGCGUCGUCAACGACAACGACCUCGUGGACGGCCUCGAGGAGGUGCACCUUUAG